AUGGUAAGUAUACAGACAAAUCAUGAAGUUCUAACCUGCAAAGAGGGCGAACCUAAGGGAGAAUUCACUAAAAUAGGUAACUUUGGUGUCUACAAAACAGGCAGUGCUUCAGACAAAGUGCUUGCUAUUUUCCCAGACAUUUACGGUUACAGACUCAACAACGUCAAAUUGAUUGCCGACAGAUUCGCAGAGAACCUUGGUAUCCAGGUUUUCAUUUUGGAUUUGUUUGACGAGGACCCUAUCACGGAGAAGUCCGACCGUGGCGCAUGGCUGACUAAACACUCUCCAGAUAAGAAGACUCCUCUUGUUAAGGAAUUUUUGGCCGAGGUCAAAAAGACUUUGAGUCCAAAGUUCUUGGCUGCAAUUGGAUACUGCUACGGUGCCAAGUUUGUCUUUGAGAACCUGACCAAAGACUCUUUGUUGGACGUUGGUGCUGUUGCUCACCCAAGUUUCACCCAGGUCUCCGACGUUGAGAGCUUGGAGAAGCCAUUGGUGAUCAGUCUUGCCGAACACGAUGAGUACUUCAGCGACGACCUCAGAGCAAAGACCUUGGAAAUUCUCCAAAAGAAGAACAUCCGUUACCAAAUCGAUCUAUACAGUGGUACUUCGCACGGAUUCUCUGUCAGAGGUGACCUUUCCGACCCUGUCAUCAAGUACGCUGUCGAAAAGGCCCUGUUGGACCAGAUCCACUGGUUCAGAUCUUUCAUUAAUUAG